CCUUUAUCACUCACUCAAACACUAUCAAUUCAAUCCUUUCAAUCUCCUUUCAUUUUUCCAUUGUUAAAAAAUGGCUUCAGCAGACGUCGAGUACAGAUGUUUCGUCGGUGGCCUGGCUUGGGCCACAACUGACCAAUCUCUCCAAGAAGCUUUCUCUGCGUACGGCGAAGUCGUCGAUUCGAAGAUCAUAAAUGAUAGGGAGACAGGGAGAUCAAGAGGAUUUGGAUUCGUUACAUUCAAGGAAGAACAAUCCUUGAGAGACGCAAUUGAAGGACUCAACGGAACAAGCCUUGACGGCCGAAACAUCACCGUCAACGAGGCUCAAUCUCGCAGCGGAGGCGGCGGUGGUGGCGGUGGAGGAUAUGGUGGAGGUCGUCGUGAAGGAGGUGGCGGUGGAUAUGGUGGUGGUGGUGGUGGAUAUGGCGGCGGUCGUCGUGAAGGAGGUUACGGUGGAGGCGGUGGUGGUUACGGAGGAGACCGUCGUGAAGGAGGAUAUGGUGGUGGCCGCCGUGAUGGUGGAUAUGGUGGUGGUGAUGGUGGAUCUAGGUAUUCACGUGGUGGUGGUGAUUCUGAAGGGAAAUGGUGAAGUUAGAACUUUAGUGGUAGAAUUAUCGGGAUCUUUGUUAUUUAAAGUUUGAUGUGUAAUCGUUGUGUUCGUCGUUUCUAUAUUCUGUUUUUGACCUGUUUGAUCGUUCUAUUGGUGAGGUUUUAAUGAAAAAAAAUUAUGGUUCCGGUA